UUUUCACUUCAGUCAGCCGUGUGUUGGUCCGUGUCACGUGUCCCCGAUCCCGGAUUUCGUCGUCGUCGUUUUCUGUAUAAUAUUGUUCGCGACGUACACGCGUAUUUAUCGCGCUCUCGGGGAUUCCAGAGUUCGCGUUCGACGGUUUUUGAGCCGAAAAAACAUUUUCGAUUUCCCGCGCUUUGCCGCCGCAGGUUUUUUGACAUUUUUAAAAAAAAAUUUUAAAAUUUUAAAUAUUUAAUUUUCGGCGUCCGGUUUUCGCGUGCAAUAAAAAUAAUAAUUUAUGUAUAUAUAUCAUAGUGUCGUAUAAAUAGACGCAACACACCGCAGUACGUACCUAUUUGUAUUUUGUUUUUGAUUUUGUUAGUGUGUGUGAGUGAGAGGGUGUGUGUGUGUGUGUGUGUGCGCGCGAGCGCGUGCUUAGUGUUUGUUACUUUUUUGUUUUUUUACAUUUAUUAAUUUUUAAUUUUGCACGAAACCAUUUACCUCGAACAAUAUAAUGAAGGAAAAGAAGAUACUUCAAACGAAGUAUACCAUUCUACUGGUCCGUCGUACCCAAGUCCAUCGAGUAUGCUUCUAUUCCAGACACAGACCACAUUCACGCCGAGCAGUUUUGCCGAACUGCUGUCCGGUUCGUAUUCCGAACUGCCGCUGAACGAGGAGAUCGACUCACUGUCGGACGUCCAUUCCGUGCUGACGGACGCGGCCGAACAACAGCAACCGAAUCACCUGCAACAGCACCAGCAGAAUGGAGCGUCGGGGCUCCAGUUGCCGAGUUUCCAGGAGACGUACGCCGCCUCGGGAGUAGGGUUCAAAAUGGAAGAGGAUUACGGUCCGCCGACCACUGCGGCGGCCGCGGUGACCAUGACCGCGUCAGCCAAUUACCAUCAACAACACCAUCAUCCCCAUCUCCAUCUCCACCAACAACAGCAGCAACAGCAUCACCAGCACCAUCACCAGCAACAGCAGCCGCAGCAACAGCCGGCUCAUCACCAGCUCCUGCACCAACACCAUGUCCAACAACACCAGCAACAGCAGCAGCAGCAGCAGCAACACAACGGACAGCCACACCAGCACCACCAUCACGGUCCGCCGGCCCCGCCCCCGCCGCUCAUACAUUUCGACUAUCACUUUCAACACUUUCCGGGCUCGUUGCCGCCGCCGUCUCAGCAGCCGCCCGAUUCACCGACCGCCGAUCAAGGCGGCACAGCGUCCGUGUUCGAACCGAUGUUGGAUCACGUGGUUGGCAUGUCACCCAAGCAACACCAUCAACAGCAUCACCACCAUCACCAACAACAACAUCACCAUCAACAACAGCAACAGCAACAGCAGCAGCAACAACAACACGUCGUCGUCGCUGUCAAUCACCAGCACCACCAUCAACAACAACAGCAGUCUCUGCAAGUGCCUCAGCCGCCACCGACGCCGCGGCCGACGGCCACAUCUCUGAUGAUUGACGCGGCCACGGAGCAGCUGCAACACGUCGUCAACAACGCCGCUUUGGUGGACGCCAACAGGACCUCGAGGACUUCGUCCGUCGCCGCAGUGUUGGCGCUAAGGGCCGCCACCGAUCCGUCCGCCAGCAGCCUGUCUCCGAAAUUGCGGCACUGCAUCAACCCAAUGUCGGUAACUGUGCCCGUCGAAUGUUCGCCGCCUACACCAGACGCUGCUUGUAUUAUGCCUCAGAGGAACGCCACCGCCGUGGCCACUGCUCCAUCUUCGCCGUCCCAACUGUGCGCCGUGUGUGGUGACACGGCCGCGUGCCAGCACUACGGGGUGCGCACGUGCGAAGGAUGCAAAGGAUUUUUCAAGCGGACCGUGCAGAAGGGCUCCAAGUACGUCUGCCUGGCUGACAAGAACUGUCCGGUGGACAAGCGUCGACGAAAUCGGUGCCAGUUCUGCCGAUUUCAAAAGUGCCUACAGGUGGGCAUGGUGAAGGAGGUGGUGAGGACCGACUCGCUGAAGGGCCGUCGUGGCCGAUUGCCGUCCAAGCCUAAGUCACCACACGGUUCGCCGCCCAGUCCGCCAGUGUCGCUCAUCACCGCGCUCGUUCGGGCCCACGUCGACACCAAUCCGGACUUCUCGUCGUUGGACUACUCACAGUAUCACGAGCCAAAGCCGUUUGAACCAUUGAUCACCGAAGCGGAAAAAAUUCAACAGUUUUUCGGAUUGCUCACGACGUCCGUGGAAGUGAUCAGACAUUUCGCCGAAAAGAUACCGGGAUUCAAAACUUUGUGCAAAUCGGACCAAGAUUUAUUAUUUCAAUCGGCGUCUCUAGAACUAUUCGUUCUCCGUCUAGCGUACAGGACAAAAUACGCCGAUACGAAACUAAUAUUUUGUAACGGGGUAGUUCUGGACAAACAGCAAUGCCACCGGAGUUUCGGCGAUUGGCUACAAGCUAUAUUGGACUUCAGUCAAUCAUUACACUCGCUGGACAUUGAUAUAUCAUCCUUCUCUUGCCUGUGUGCCUUAACUCUGAUCACAGAACGACACGGUCUCAGAGAAGCGAAAAAAGCUGAACAGAUCCAGAUGAAAAUCAUCAACUCUUUGCGGGAACACAUCACGUACAGCAUGUCCGAUUCGCAGCGCAAGUCUUAUUACUUCUCGAGACUACUCGCAAAACUGACCGAGUUGCGUUCACUCAGCGUGCAGGGUCUCCAGCGGAUAUUCUACCUGAAACUGGAAGACCUGGUGCCCGCCCCGCCGUUAAUUGAGAACAUGUUCAUUGCUAGUUUACCAUUUUGAAAAACACGAUUAUCCAUAUAUUAUAAAAUAUUAUUAUGUAACGUGAAAGCAUCGAAGUGAAUACGAUUUUCUUGAUAUUUGACUACCGUUAAUAAUAAUUAUGUCUAUUCUGUUGUACCUAUACUUAUACGUAUAUUAUUGUUACCUACAUCAAUACGUAAAUAGCGUAUAGUAUCAUUAUACGUAAAAGAGCGUGUUUCAUUAUUAUUAUUAUUAUUAUUAUUAUUAU